AUGUCAUCCAUGUGGCUAUCCGACACACAGAAGGUGGGAGUCGUCUUCUGCUCCGGUGGUGGCUUCUUCCUCAUCGGUGGAGUGAUGCUCUUCUUCGAUCGAGCCAUGCUCGCCAUGGGAAAUAUCCUCUUCCUCAUCGGCCUGACUAUCAUCAUCGGUCCGCAAAAGACGCUCCUGUUCUUCGCGCGCAAACAAAAGGCAAAAGGGACGGCCGCCUUCUUCUCAGGUCUCAUCCUGAUCCUCAUGCGCUGGACCUUUAUCGGCUUCUUCGUCGAGGCCUACGGCAUCGUCGUCCUGUUCGGCGACUUCCUGGGCACCAUCGCCGGCUUCGCCCGCAGCCUCCCCGUCGUAGGCCCCUAUGUCGGCAUGGCUGUUGAUCGUUCUGGUCUGGCACGUCGCAAUGCAGAUCUUCCCGUCUAG